UUGUGGCGGCAGCGGCGGCGGCGGCGGCGGGAGCGCGGGCGGCGGCCGGGGGGCACGGAGCAUGCACGGCGCGGAGCAGCGUCCCAGGGACGCGCACCCCGGCCAGUGGGUGCUCAUUGCACCAGAGGCUGCUACUGACCUGCCUAAGACACCUGACAGUGAACCUUUGUUUACAAGACUACGCAAUCCAAGCACAGGAGAAGCAACCCUUUACUUAUUCAAUAGCGGUGCACAGCAGCUGUUUGAAGUAAAAUCUUUUCAGGAGGAAUAUCAUUCCUGGUUUAUAGGUCAGACUGUUCAACAAGAUGGACGUCUACUGUUUGUGACACCGAUGGAUCCCUUAUUUCUGAUACUUUAUUACCUCAUAAAGGCAGACAAAGAGAAAGGAAAGUUCCAGCCACUGGAUCAAGUUGUGCUAGACUCUGAGUAUCCUUGCUGCUCAUUGUUGUUGAAGUGUGCGGAUGUUAAACAGUCCAUACAUCAUGUAACAGAAGAAAAAGAGAUUGGCAGUCAGAAAUUUCACAAAUACAGUCAAGAGAAGACAUUAAAGUGGUUGAAGAAAAAGGUCAAUCAAACAGUGAAAGCACUUAAAAGCAGCAAUGUAAUUGUAGGUGAAAGGGUACAGUCAGCUACAUUUAUCAGCGGUAAACAAAUCACAGAUGCUGAAGAAGACUAUAUACGGUAUGCCCACGGGUUAAUAUCAGAAUAUAUUCCUGAAGAUCUGAGUAAGGAGUUGUCAAAAUAUUUGGAGCUCUCAGAACUCACAAGCCCAGCACCGGAGCCAGAGAUGAAGAUGCCUGUGGAAAGACGUUCAAAGAAGAAGUGAAAGGAGCAUAAGGAGACUUGCUAAUAUUGUUUUAACUCGCCAUAAUCUCAAAGCAGCCUUUAAAGGCUUUUUUUACGCACUUUCUGAAAAUAAAUGCUUAAAGUUAGACAUGUCCUGUUCCAAGAAAAAGCAAAUCUCAGCAGAUUAGCAUUUUUAAAUAUGCACUGUGUUAAACAUACACUGCUUCAAAUUUUAUAGCUCAUACACUAUUGGUCUAUCGGGCCCUUCCAGGAAAGCACUUACGAGCAUGCCUAAUGUUAAGCACAUGAGCAGUGAUCUUAAAGUCAGCAGUGUUGUUCAUGUGGGUAAGUGCUUUGCUGGAUCAGCGCCUAAAGUCCUGUUAGGUGCUGAGCAUCCUGAUCUAUAUCCAGCAAAGCACUUACGUCCAUGCUUAUCUUGAAGUGGAAGAGCCGGUCUAACUAAUAUUUGUGCAUUAGUGUUCUCCAUAAAAUCUCUCUUGGCACAAUGACUCACAUGCUUAAAGUUAAGCACCUGCCUAAAUAUUUUGCAAGGUCAGACUAACAGCAUCUUCAAGUCUUAAAUAAUUACUUGAUUUUGUAUUAUUUUUAUUUGUUGUAUUUUAGGAGGGUAUAUGAUUUUGGUGGCCAUAAUUUCAAGUUUUGGAAGCUACAUAAUAAAAUACGUUUUAUGCAAUUUUCCAAUUUUUUUUUCCAAAAUUAGCCAAAUUCAGCAAAAUGCCCUUUUAGACUAAAAAGUCCAAAUAUUCAGUCUUAGAAUAAUCAAAAAAAAUAUUUCUAAGAUAUUUCAGUUUUUCUGACCACUAUUUCACUGAAUUUUACCUGAAUAGUUUUGGCCAACCCUGACUUGUUAUCCAGAAAAUGUCACCUAGCUCUGACUCUGUGAGCUGUCUGAUUCUUGAAGUGCUAAGUCUUAAGCUAGGAUAUGUGUUGAGAAGGGAAACUGUAUAAAAAUAACAAAAAGGAUGGAGAAGUUUUUAUUUUACUUUAUUUUUAAGAGAUUGGUACCUAAACAUGCAUAGAAUAUUUGUACAUUUUGUGUUGAGAAUCAGAAGGUUUCAUUUUUAUUUUUGAGAACAACUAAUAGUGUGUUUCUUUCGGUUCUUGUUGUCCUAUGAAUCUUGCAAGUAAAAAAAAAAAAAGAGACUUAAUUAUACUAUUUUAUUUUUUUCUCAUAAGUGAGACACUUUCAAAGGAGUGUACUUCAACCAAAAUGUCAGUGUGAAACUACAGAAAGCUAACAGGAAAUAAUAAUGCUUAUGAGAUGCUUAACUGCUCUGUCAGAUGCAUAAUCUUGAUAUUUUUAACUUAAAUACCUGGUUACCAUUCAUAUCUAAAUCUUUGUUAAAUGACUAUUUUUUUAAAGUAAUAUUAGAUAGGAUUUUAGGUGUGUAUUUCUGUAAACUUUAACUAUGACCCUACAUUCACAGACGUGUACAGCAGAUGGCCAAAAUGUUAAUGUAAAACUUAAUUAUAUUUGAAGCAUUCCAGAUAAAAUGUAUUUUGCUUCCACUCUAGCAAAUCCUGCCUAACUUCAUUAAAGUCACGUGAGAGUUCAGAAUAUAAUUUAUUAGGAUAUUUCUGAAAACUAAAUUCCAAGAGGUAGGGGCAAUAGCUUAUUCAGAUUUCUUUUCAGUUUCUGAUCAACUUCAGUUUGGAAUAUGAAAGAACUGAGCUGUUGACCAUAUAGGAAUCAUGUAUGAAAAUAAGUGUAAUGCUUACUGAAUGCUGAAUGCUUACUUAGAAAAUCUACCCUGAAUUUUCUCUGUUACCUUUACACUUGUCCGGUUAAGCGAUGUGCACUAUCCCUUUUCAAUGAAAAAAAUACUUAUUUUUAUAUAGGUUUCUAAGCACUACUACAGGAAUAUUAAAUAGAUGCGAGUUGAAAUUUCUCUUU